ACAUUUUGAAGAAACUACAAAAGAUAAUAUUGAAUCUAAGCAUUUUUUAAUUGAGCAAGAUAAGAGCAGAGAAAGUGAACUUUAUUCUUCAAUCCAUGAAGCAGAUUCCUUGGAAGACAUAAAGCAAUCUGUAUCAGAAAAUUCUUCAACUUCUCCUUCAUUGGCCAUUUCUGAGAAAGUUCCCAUUGUUGAUAAAUCUUUGAAAACAAAAUUUCUUGAAGAUAAAGGAAAUAUGUAUUGUGCACUGGAACAAAAUUUAAAUGCUCAAACAUCUCAGGAAAUUGAAUCUAUGGAUGAUGGUAAAGAGAAAAAGCUUCCAUUUGAAGGAAAGCAGAAAAUUUCACAGCAGAUAAAAGAAGAAUUGCCUGCAUUAGAAAUGCAGAUUCUUCAAUUAUAUAAUGGCAAAAAUGAAGAAGGAAAUCAGAAAGUUUCAAAUAAAGAUAGUGAGCAAGCAAAUUCUGAAUCUUCUCCAGUUGCUAUGGCAUUUACUAUUGCAUUUGAUAGUGAUUUAACAGCAUCACGAAAAAAAUUAGGUAUAAAAGAUAGUAUAAGUCAAUAUGCUCCACGAAAAACUGAACCAGAACGCAGUCCGAUUCAAAAGCUUCGUCCUGGAAAAUUAAAUGAAUCAAAUUCUAAAAAGGCUCUCUCUUUGGAUAUGAAAGAUAUAACUUUAUCAGCUCCAGAUAUUUCAAAGAAAUGGAUUCAGGAAAAUGCCAAACAAUCGCUUCUUUCUCAGUCAACUGAAUCAACUUUAUGGGAUUUAGCAUCAAAAAGAGAACAUAAAGAAAAAGUUUCAUCUGAAGGAAAACUAAGUGAAGCUGCUACUUUUUUAAUCCAAAAAAUGUUAAAUGGUGAGCAAAAGAUUUAUAAUUCUUCUUCAUCAAAUACAGCUAUUGAAUCUUCUCCCAGAAUGACAAAUUGGUCACAAAAUUGGAAUAAAAAAAAUCAGUUGGAUGGCAUUAUAAAAUCUCCAACUAAAGUUUCAUCAGAAUGUAGAAUUAAAAGUCCAGAUGAUGGAUCAGUACUUCAGAAAGAAAUUGAUGAUAAAAGUGAAACUGGGACUUAUACAGUAGAAACAGAUUUAAAUGAUCCUGCAGUGGAUGAAGCAAGACAAAAAAUUGAUGAAAUAUUUGGAAUUCAUAAGAAUAUUGAAAAACUUCAGGCUUCAAAUCUUAAUUCAGAGGAAAAAGAAAAACAGCAUUCUGUUGCAAAUGAACAAAGUAAAUGUUUAGUGAAACCAGUAACACCUAUUACACUUAUAAGCCAGCAAGGGAAUGAAAUAUCCUAUUUAGAAAAAAGCCAUCCUAAAACAAAAACUGAAAAAAAUGCUCGUCCUAAAAGACGUCUUCCUACUCCUCCUAUACCAAAACAGUUGGAUGCAAGCAUAAGUGACAGUUCUGUUGAUAGCAGUAGUAAUAAUGUUACUCGUUUAGGACAUUAUCCCCUUUCUUUGAUUAAAAAAGAGAAGAAACAUCAGUCCAGUCAUAGUAACAAUCAGGACAGCAUUUGUGACUCAUACUCUAAACAAAGUUCUGGUUCCUUACAGAAUACUACUUCAUUUUAUAUUUCAUCAGAUACUUCUGAUCGCAGAUCAAAAUUUUUAGAAAAUGUACAGUCACAAAAACUACAAAAGUCUCUAGGUCUUACAUCCAGCACCAUUGUACCAUCAAGUCAUAUAUCUCUAGACAGUUGUGAUUCUCAAACAAAAUCCAAUAUAGCUCAGCAGGAAAAUUGUCAGAAUGGUGAUGAUGACUCUUUAGAUGGCACAACUUUAUUGCACUAUGUUCCUUCAGAUACUCGGUCAGAAGGAAGUCCUCAAGCUAAAACGCCUCAAAAUGGUAGUGGUUUAUGGAGAAGAAUACCAUGGAAUCUCUCAAAUUCAGAUCUAGAAUUAAAUCGCAGUAAAUCUGAAACUGCAAGUGUUGUAUCUGAUCUUUCCACAAGUACUGAACCCAGUUCUUUAAGUUCCCAAUAUAGUAAAGGUAAAAGUGAUAGUGCUCCGCCAAUGAGACUGAAUAGAGCAUUUGCUUUAAGAAGAGCUCGUUUAGGUAUUGAAUCAGAUAGUGCUACAACUGUUGUUAGUAAAAAAGGUGGUAAAGAAAAUAUCAAACAACAAAGUAGUUCUAACAAAAUUAGUUCUCACCUGAAUCCUCAGCAGUUGUCUCGACAAGAUGGUGGACGAUUUAGUCUUCGUCUACCUAGAAAAUGUACUACAAAAUCAAACGAAAAAUCUGCAUCAAAAUCUAAAGACAGUAAAAGAAAUUCUGCAGCAUCAAAUAAAAAUGGACACAGAAGAAUAGAAAGUGAUCCUGGUAAAGCAAAUAUUCAUUGGAAGAAAAUGGAUAUAAUAAAUGACACUGUUAAUUCUGAUGUAGAAAUAAUCGAAGCACCAAUAAUAUCUAGUCCAUACAAUAAGUUACAAUCUUUCCAUAGAUCAGCUUCAUUUAAUGGUGCAGAAGAACUUUUAUUUGAAAAAGAUAAUUUAAAUGACAGUUCAAAAAAAUUAGAGAGGCCUAAUAAAUUGGUAAAGUCUAGUGCUAUUUCAAAAUUGAGAAAACAAAGUGGAUUAGGAACUACAAAAGCACUUGGAAUUUCUCCUGGAUGGCAACAUUCUAGUUUUGAAGAGAAAGGAUCAGAAAAAUUAUCACAAGGAAAAAGUUCACCGCAACAGCAAAAUUCAAGUAAAAAAGAGCUUUCAGCUUUAGAUAGUCUGGUUAUUUCUGCAAUUCAUCAGUUGUCCAUAAAAUUACGUACAAGAGCUCGUUGCUUAUUAGAAAAAGAAGGGCAAAAAUAUUCAGAGAAAAGUGAUAUUCGAUUAAUGAUUGAAGAAGUAUUACCUCAGGUUGUGGAGAAGAAAUCUAACAUACAUAAUGAAGGAAAUCUCACCAGGGAUCUUUCAAGCAUUUUAAAAAAUCUUAAACGUGUUGAGCAGUCUUUGGAAGUACUAUCAUCAUUAGCUGAUUAUGAUACCCAAAUUAAAGGAGAACAAAAUCAAACAGAAACACAAAAAUUUUUUGUUGUUGAUGUAUAAUUAAGAUAAUUGUAUAAGCAGAAUUUUAAGCAACUUGUGAAUGUAACAUUUGGAAAAUAUCCAAAAAUUGUUGUAAUGUCUAUAUUAAUUUGAUAUUUUGAAUGUAUAUUUAAGAAACUGUAUUACUUGUGCACAUAUUAUCAGAUGAUUUUGCACUCCUGUAAAUAUGUAAAAUUGGUUUGUUAAACAGUACAUUAUUUUGUGUUUAAUGGAAUAAAUUUUAUCUAAAUAGAGCAAUGUUUGCACCUUUUAUCAAGCUAAUGCAUAAAGUUGUCCAUUGAUAAUUUAAUAAAUAUCAAGCAAUUUUAAAAAUUUUCUUCAAUUAUUUUAAUGCUUUGUAAAUUAUUUUGUACUCUAUAAAUUAUCUGUCCAUAUUUUCAAGAAGGAAAUGCUUGUCCUUGGCCAUAUUUCCCUUCUGAAUUAUUUCUAAUUAUUAUAAAUCAUAUUAUAGAAAUAUUUAAAAAUCUUAUCUUAAAAAGCAUUGAUUAUUUCUAUAAAAAUGAGUCAUUAGCAUUAGUAUAUUUUAUUUAUAUUAUAUAAAUUAAAAUAUAAUUAUCUUACUUAGGAUUGUUACAAACACAUGGCAGAAACAGACUGCAAAGUCACAAAACCUGUGCUUCCAAAUGAAUGUGUGUAAAUUUGUAUCAUUACAUUUUAAUUUUCAAUGCUUUCAUAUGUAGUUAAUUGUGCAAUGUACAUUUAUAAAAUUAAGAUCCCAUAUCUUUUGUUAUAUUUUUAUAAGUUGUUAUUUAUGUUAACCAUGUAAUGAAUUUAUGCUAAAUACCUGCAUCAACUGAAAUUAAUUGUAUAGAUUCAAUUAUAUAAUAUUGUUGCAAUUCUUUUGUUAUGAGAUUUGUGAAAAUGUGUAUGAUUGAAUGAAUUAUAUACAGAAAGUUUGUCAUAAGCCUCUAAUAUUGAUAAAUAUUUCUUAAAAAAA